CAGGUAAAUAAGUAUGCUUUUUCUGGAGGCCGAGAUACAGUUGAAGAUCACAGAAAGUAUGGUGGAGAUAUCACUGUGGAUAUCGCUUAUCAGUAUCUCACUUUCUUCCUGGAAGAUGACGAAAAACUUGCUCAGAUAAAAGAGGUACUUAAUUUUCUUUUCAUGUGACUUCACUAGUGCUUCUCUUUACCUAGCAUAAUAUUUAUCUUUAUAAUAGGCAUUCCACUUAAGUUAUCCAUCUGUAAGAUGGAGACCUUUGGGACCAGCAAGAAGCAUCCAUCUUUAAUAGAGAAAUGUCCAUUCCCAGAAUGAUAGUCAAAAAAGGAGUAAAGAAAGGCAGGGACCAACUCUAGGUAUUUUUCUUAGGCAGCGGCCUUGGAAGUGGAGAAUAAAGGAGAGGUUCUUUCUCUUUUCCCCCGCCAAGGAGCCUGGUGGUGUCAAGUACUAGUGUCUCUAAUUUAAAAUAUUUAUGUUUUCCAGGAUUAUUCAAGUGGCAAAAUGCUUUCAGGAGAAAUAAAAAAGGAACUGAUUUCUGUGCUUCAGCCAUUAGUCGCAGAGCAUCAAGAAAGAAGAAAACAUGUCACAGAAGAUGUUGUUAGAGAAUUUAUGACUCCAAGAAAACUGGAAUUCCCUGGUCUUAACAAAUGA